UCCUCUCCUCUCACUCUCACUUCCUGCUGCCACUCUCCCUCCUGCGCCUCGCCCUCGUGUCGCCGUGCACGCGUCGCCGGCGUCGUCCGAGCUUCUCCUCGCCGGGCAAGCCUCCGGGGUUACCCCAGGGUCGCCGUCGUCCGCCACUCCGCGGAAGAUCCAUCCUGCUAGUGCUAGAUAGCUCCAAAUCGACCAUGCCGAGGAAAUAAUCAAUAUACUCUUCACCUGGCACGCCGACCGUCUCGCGGCGCACGCGUCGCCGGCGCCAGAGCUCUCACCCCCCUUCUCUUCGCCUGGAGGCGCCGGGGUUACUUCGCGAGCGCCACAGCCCAGUUUGCUCCGCGGCCGGAUCCAUCCCGCGAGGUCCAGAUCCACGACGCGGAGAAGAGGAAAUAUUCCACUGUUCACCGUCAGUGCGCUUGGCCAACACUGCGAGCUGCCUCUAUCUGAGUUGCACGCCAGAUCAGGGUUCAGAUCCACGACGCAGAGAAUAAAUCAAAUCCACUGUUCUGACUUCUGAGUUGCACGGCAAUCAGGUUGUUGAUUGGUAGCACCUGUUAACUGUCAGUGCAUUCAGCAACCUGUCCUCCACGAACAGCUGACUGGCCGAGCUCUGAGAUAGCAUGGCCAUGGAGGCGGCACUCGUCAGUGUGGCAACGGGGGUCCUCAAACCUGUCAUAGGGAAGCUGACCGUUCUGCUCGGCAAUGAGUACAAGCGUUUCAAGACAGUUCGCAAGGAGAUCAAGUCCCUCACUAAUGAGCUUGCCGCCAUGGAGGCUUUUCUCCUGAAGAUGUCAGAGGACGAGGAUCCUGAUGUGCAGGAUAAAGUUUGGAUGAAUGAGGUGCGGGAACUGUCCUAUGACAUGGAGGACACCAUCGACGACUUCAUGCAGAGCAUCGGUGACAAAGACGAAAAGCCAGAUGGCUUCAUUGAGAAGAUCAAGAGCUCACUAGGCAAGUUGGGGAAGAUGAAGGCUCGCCGUCGGAUUGGUAGGGAGAUCCAAGAUCUGAAGAAACAAAUCAAAGAGGUCGGCGACAGGAAUACAAGGUACAAGGGUCGGCAGACCUUCACUAGCACAAAAAAUGAAACAGUUGACCCUAGAGCUCUUGCUAUCUUUGAGCAUGCCUCAAAUCUCGUUGGGAUUGAUGGACCCAAGGCUGAGAUAAUCAAGCUAUUGGCACAAGAGGAUGGCCGUGCGUCAACGCAACAACAACUGAAGAUAGUCUCCAUUGUUGGAUCUGGAGGUAUGGGCAAAACAACUCUUGCAAACCAAGUGUAUCAAGAGCUCAAAGAGCAGUUCGAGUGCUGGGCCUUCAUAUCCGUGUCGCGAAGCCCAAACAUGAUGAAUAUUCUGAGGACUAUUCUUAGUGAAGUUAGCGGUCAAGAUUAUUCUAUGACGGAAGCAGGGAGUGUACAAAUACUCAUUAGCAAGAUCAAUGACUUCCUAUUAGAUAAAAGGUACUUUGUCGUUGUUGACGAUAUAUGGGACGUGGAUACCUGGGAUAUUAUUAAGUGUGCAUUCCCUGCUACAAGUUCUACCAGUAGAAUAAUCACGACUACCCGUAUAAACAAUGUCGCUCAUUCAUGUUGUUCAUCAUUCAAUGGCCGUAUUUACAAUAUAAGGGCUCUUGAUAUGGUGCACUCAAGACAGUUAUUUCACACAAGAUUAUUCAAGUCUGAUGAAGAUUGCCCUUCAUACCUUCAAGAAAUUUCUGAGCAGAUAUUGAAAAAAUGCGAUGGGUUACCUUUGGCGAUCAUUGCUAUAUCUGGUUUGUUGGCUAACACAGAAAGAACAGAAAAUAUGUGGAAUCAAGUAAAAGAUUCAAUUGGUCGUGCACUUGAAAGGAAUACCAGCGUCGAAGGAAUGAUGAAGAUUUUGUCACUUAGUUACUUUGAUCUUCCUGCUUAUCUAAAAACUUGCCUCUUAUAUUUGAGCAUAUAUCAAGAAGAUUCUACUAUUGAGAAGGAGGACCUGAUAAGAAGAUGGAUUGCUGAAGGAUUCAUUCAUAGAGAAGGCAGAUACACGGCAUAUGAGUUAGGAGAAAGGUGUUUUAACGAACUACUCAAUAGGGGUUUGAUCCAACCUGAGGAGACAAAUGAAUAUGGCAUAGUGAAGAGUUGUCGAGUUCAUGACACAAUUCUUGAUUUCAUCAUAUCCAAGUCUACAGAAGAGAACUUUGUUACUUUACUUGGUGUUCCCAUUCUGACAAUUGGGAACCAAAGCAACGUGGUUCGUCGACUCUGUCUCCAAGGUGUCGAGGAAGGAAAUUCAACAAUAUUGGCAGCAGGUCUCGUGUUGUCACAUGUCCGAUCAUUUACUAUGGUUAGAGGUCUUUUGGAAAUCCCUUCUUUGGAAGAGUUCAGGCAUCUGCGUGUUCUCAACUUGAAGGAAUGCUCCGAAUUGAAAGAUCAUCAUCUUGAAAAUAUAGUGAGGUUGUUCCAGCUGAGGUACCUGAAUCUCGAAGGUACAUAUAUAAGCAAGCUCCCCGAACAAAUCGGGCGUUUAGGAUGCUUAGAGGUGCUGGACCUAAGAAUGACUUCUGUACUGGAAUUACCUGCAUCUAUUGUGAAUCUCAGAAAAUUGAUGCAUCUACUUGUUAAUAAUGAUGUUAAAUUUCCUGAUGGGAUUGCAAAGAUGCAAGCACUGGAGACGUUGGAAGGUGUCCGUGCCUACAUUCAGCCAUUUGACUUCCUGUGUGGCCUUGGCCAAUUAAAGAAUUUGAGGAAUUUGGUUGAUUUGGAAUUUUAUUGUCACACCGAGGAGCACAACAAAGCUAUUGUCUCCUCCCUGUGUAAGCUAGGCACCCAUAACCUCCGCUCCCUGACUAUUGAGGUUGGGCGCAGCCUCUUACAUCAGGAUUCUUUGUGCCUGACUACCCUGGAGGAUCUUUCUAUCCGUUUUCUGGCCUUUCCACAGGUUCCGACAUGGGUGGGCUCCCUCAGAAACCUCCAACGGCUACGCCUUAUUGUGGAGGGGCUCAAGCAGGACGACCUCUGCACCCUUGGGGCUUUACCCAGUCUGCUUGUUCUGUAUCUGGAUGGAACACCAGAGUCAAAUGGAAAGCUCAGAAUCAAUGUGGUAACCAGAUCAGUACUGGCUGAUUAUUGGGCACUUGAGUGUUGUGGCUGAUCGAUGUUGUUGGAAACCACCUAGAGGCCAGAUUGAUUCCUGCUGUCAACAAUGCCAGUUCAGAGUUGUCACAGAAAACGUGUGCUCUUUCUGAAUGUGUUCAGUCUAUCCCUCGAGUUGAACCGGGCAUUUGUACAGCAGUUUCACCGCCAGAUUCAGUUUCAAUGUACUGGUGUAGGAGACAUCUCUUGAGCUCUGUACAGCAUCCUGGUUGUCAUUCGUUCAUAAGAAAACGUGUAUAUUGAUCCCGGCGUCCCCAAGUAGCCGUUGCACGCUUGAUCCUCCAGUUCAGUACUACGUUUUGCAGAUGGUUGAGGAGCAGAUUGGUUACUUGGGCGUUGAGUAGCAGAUUGAUUUUUCAGAGUUUCAGUUGACAUGUCCUUUCUGCUUGUUUCCACGCAUAUGCUUAUUCAGUUCUACUCUUUUUAAAUUAUAUUGUUGGUGAGACUGAGAUGCAAGCACUGCUGCUGUUUUGAAAUCGGCUACUGGCCUAGUGCAGUUGUUCUCUCUGUGUACUCAUUAAUUUGUAGUAUGUCAUUCGGAUUGUAA